CCCAGCUCGCGCCUUCAUUCUGCAGCACGCGGCGGUAGUUGGAGGAAACACCGACUCAUCAGAGCCCCGCAGCCCGGCCGCCCUCCGCUCAAACCCGGCUGCACUCUGGAGGACCUGCGCUACUUUCCCGGAGCUUUAACACCACUUUGCUGUUUUUCCAAAUAAAAGAAAUCACACACAUCUACUCGUUCACACAGGUUUAAGAAGUCUCAGGUGUGAACACAGGUGUGAGGAUACUUUAUCCCCUUCCAGGUGCAGUGAAAAAAAUUGGAUUUCUGAGGUUUUUUUUUGAUAUUUUUGUCUCUUUGGAGUUAUGGAGAAACUGGGAAUCUGAGCGACCCAAAGGUCCGCGGAACUGGACUACACUGGCCGCCGGUUGGUCCACAUCUCCCCAUCUUCCGCCCCGGUUUAGCUCCCGGUGCUCCGGCACAAUGUUCCACCACAGCAGCACCAAGAAAUGUUUCACCAUCGAGUCUCUGGUGGGGAAGGAGGCGAGCAGGCACGGCGGCUCCGGGGACGAGCCCAUCCGGCCCACGGCGCUCCGGUUCCCGGAGUCCCUGCACCCCGCCGCCGCCGCCGCCGCCGCUUCGGGGGUCUUCGGCUCGUGCUUCCAGGGCAGCGGUGGGCGGACUUUGUACUCCGCGGGGCCGGACAUGGUGCUCCAGGAGGCCGGGGCGCACGCGCUGCAGAUGCCGCCGCAGAGCUUCUUCAGCCCGCAGCACCGGGACGCGCUCAGCUUCUACCCCUGGGUGCUCCGGAACCGGUACCUGCACGGACACCGCUUCCAAG